AUGUAUUCCGGCGCCGGCCUGGCACCCGUUCAAGGUGGGCCGGCCACUUUCGGUACCGAAGGAGGAGAAGUGGGCAUAGCUGGUUCGACAAGCCACGACGUCGGCUACCCACAGGGCGCACCAGCUCUGGCCGGCCUUCCGGCCAAUCCGAGCCGCCAGACUCAUCCUCCAGACCCAUACAGCUAUGGCCAACAGUCUGUUUCAGCCUACCGCAAACAGGCCUACAAUCCACAGCCUGGGCGAUUGCAAUACCCACCGGCCGGAGACGAUGGCCACUUUCAGUCGGCCGACUUUGUAGCCGCCUCCUACCGCCCAGCACUGCACUCUCAGCCUAUCUUUCUGCCAACUGGCUCGUCGCAUAGGCCUGGCUCGGAAUUUUCCGCCUAUCCACCAUCGCCCUUAACGACAACGGCUUCAAUCUAUCCACGCGAACCCUCAGGAAUGGUGGAAAGCAGAGUCAUGAGGACCCCGGGGGCCUCAGCCUCAACCGCCUCCGCAGACAAGCCGGAUUUAUCACAUCUCACAGACGAGGAACGCAGAAUUAUCGAAAGAGUUAUCAGCCGACAAAAAGAGGAGGAACAGAAGAAUGCGCAUACAUUUGGGUGA